AUGGGCAGGGAGAGGCCGCGGGCGCGGGGUUGCGGCUCCCGGCCUCGCUGGCUGCUGGGCGCCGCGCUGCUGCUGGGCCUGCGGCUGUGCGCGGAGCUGCGGCGCGCCGACCCCGGAGUCCCGGCCCGCCGCGCCCCGCCGCCCGCGCCCCCCGCGCCCCCCGCGCCCACGCCCGGCCCCGCGCGCCGCGCCAGCCGCCGCCAGGUGACCUACGUGCGCAGCGGGCGCCGGGCGCCGCCGGGGGUCGCGGGGAACCGCACGCCCCAGCCCAGCUGCUGCGCCCCGCGUGGGCGCCCCCGCUGGAAGGGUCCCCGGUGGCACAUAGAGCUCCAGCCAUGGGCAGGCCCUGCUCAGUCCCUGGAUGAAGAGGCUUCAAGGUUCCUGAGCUACAUCAGCACCACUCAGAUUGCAUGUGAUCACAUGAGUGCAGACAGCCUGGCUACAGACUCCAGCCCCACAAAGAAGCCCUGGCUGGUGUGUCUUGAUGACAGGUUUGGCUUAGCUCAUCAAAUUCGCAACAAGCAGUGCCGCCUCUACUCUUUAGGGCUGGGAAGCGAUGAUAUCCGUUUUGAGGUGAGCAUGGCCCACAGUGGGUGUGAAGUCCAUCGUUUUGAUCCCAGCGUCAAAUCAGCUCAUGUUCUAGAGAGUGGGCGCCUGUGGCAUCACCGGUUAUCCAUUGAUUGGCGGGAUCCCCACCCAGCCGUGGCCGCCCAAAAACCACAGAGCAGCACCAAGAAGCUGGGAAGCAUUCUAAACGAAUUUGGGCAUCACAAGAUAGAUGUCCUCAAGGCGGACCUGGAAAGUGCAGAAUGGAAAGUUCUAGAAAAUCUUAUUCUGGAAGAUGUCCUCGAGCAGAUUGGACAGCUCAUCUUUGAGAUCCAUCUCCACUGGCCUGGCUUUGAGGUCAGCGGCAGCGAUGGCAGCGUCGUGCGGUUUUGGUACAGCCUCCUCAAAGAGUUAGAGCAGAAGGAUUUCAGGCUUUUCUACAGCUACAAAGAUUUAUCAAAACCACAGCUAUUCCUGAAGAGAGACAUUUUCAAUGCUAGUAGCUGUUAUACUCUGAGUUGGGUGAACACAAGAUGGAGGUAGGCUGGAGGGCCCCAUCCAAGAUGCAAAGAUGUAGCCACAGAUGGAGCCCAGGAACUUCUCUAGCCUGUCAAAAGUUUGUUGUCUACCCGGGCAGGACUGUGUUGUGGUCUAUGCAGUGCACAGAGCCUUGUGCUUGACAUGGUUGACAUGGGACAGUGACACAGGUCAUACCUGUGGCAAGGGUGAACAAAGUCACCUCCACUUAUCUAGACUCAAGCCCUGUGCAUUACUGUCUGUGACAGACUGGGGAUGUGUGUCCUUCCCUCGCACCUAGAGGGUAAUCCCCUGCUCAUUUCAGUGUUCCCUAAAAGUCAUCAUGUAUCUAUAAUUCCUGAAUGC